UCGUUGAACUAUUCGCAAGUGAAGUAAAACGAAUCAUAAUGAAAAUUAAUUAAUUCCAACAAUGAAGACCUGCACAACAAUUGCACUCUUUUCGUUCGCUGUUCUGGUAGCGCUGGUCGCCACCAGCUUGGCCACAAACAGCACUUGGGGACAACGCGGCUACUACGAUCGCUUACUCUAUCGCACGCAGGUGGUGAAAAAAUCCGUUUUCUUGCGCAAGUUCUCUGUGGAUGUUAAAUUCCCUGUUAAGAACACUUACAAUCCCUACGUCAUCAGCCAGGUGGUUGCCAUCGAUCACAAGCGCAAGAAUGGUGGCUAUGCUCAGAUACGCCAAGGUGGACCCGGUUACCGAAAUGUAACUCUGCACAUUAAAUCCCAGCGUAAUAAAGGUAUUGAUUACACUGUUGAGAUCUAUGGUAACUAACUUACUAAAUAGGUAAAUGUCUGAAAAAUUCUAUGAUGACAUAACUAUGCGCAUGUGUUUGUAGUUGCUUGCGCCUUCACAGUUGAUUAAGUAAGCGAAAAAUAAAAUUAUAUUUAAGUAAAAUAAUUUAGAUUCAAAGUAUGAAAGGUAAACAUUUUGCGACUGCAAAUAGUGGUAUAAAUAAAAUGGGUCGUUCUAAAACUUAA